AUGUCGUCGUUGUCACUGCCUGGAGAAGAGAAAGCCACGGACCACCAAGUCUUUACCACCAACUUCUUUGAGAAUGACACGGAAUUCCAGAAAAUGAUUAUGAGGACGACGGUGCGCUUCAAUGACAGGCUGGACCCGGAGAUGCUGCGCUCGUCGCUGUCGGAGCUCGUGCAGCUGCCGACGUGGAGGAAGUUUGCCGGGCGCUUCUCGCUAAAUAGCGAGGGGCGCGUGCAAAUCAUCACGCCGCACACGCUUCCUGACGACUACGUCCUCGUCGACUAUCGACACGUUGACUGCACACACAGAAAUAUAGGCGACCACGAAGCUGUUGCCAAGCUACCAGAGAAUCUGAAAGAAUCUUCUGUGCAUCAUACAUGGGGCCAAGAAUCCAGCUUGUUUCGCCCGGACGACUUUACCGCGACCAGCACGCACUCCUACAUUGCCGACAGCCGCCCGCCUUUGCUCCUCUACGUCACGACGUUUCGGGACGGCACCAUGAUGUCGCUCAUCUGGCCGCACGUUCUAUUCGACGGCGCCGGCUUGGCUGCGUUUCUUGGCGCGUGGUCGCUCGUGGUGAAUGGCAAGAUUAGCCAAGUACCGCCCAUUCUGCCCGACCCGAUGCCAAAAAUCAUGGACGAAGCGACAAUGGCCAAGGAGCAAGGCCAACUACCAAAGUUUCCGGUUCAUAAAUUACUCCUGAUUGUGGUGUGGAUGCUCUGGCGCACGUGGACGAAGCCGAGAAAUGAGCGCAGGUUCGUGGUUCUGACAAAAGAGUCCGUCGCGCGACUGCGACAUCGCGCGGCGCUGGGCGCACCGGCCGGCAAAGAAUCCAAAAUCAGCGACGGCGCACUCAUAACUGCCUGGAUAGCAAAGACUCUCGCCGCUGCGGACAAGGACUACACCACGUCCAACAUUGUCUGCGCCGCCAACGUCCGACGCAGUCUGCCCGAACUACAGGUCCUUACUGGUGAAUACAUCCAGAACCUCGUAGCCUCAUUCUUCAUUACCCUGCCCCAGACAAUUGUUCAAGCACCCCUCCUGCAGCUUGCUUCCUUUCUACGCAAUGAGACCCGCGAGCGCACCUCUGCCGCUUCUGUGCGGGCAUACUUCCGCGACCGCCACGAAGCCAGCCUAACCUCUUCCAAAACCAACAUUUACGAUCCGCGCACCGCGGCGCACACCGUCGUCCUGCCCGUGUUUGUCAAUAAUAUGGCUAGUCUUUGCAUUGCUGAGCAGCUCGAUUUUGGAUCUGCGGUCGUUGGGACGGCGCAGGGCAAGAGGACGAACCGGAUCGGCACGCCGCUAUACUUUCGGAACAGCAACGCGGUGUGGACAGAGCAGAAGCUCAACAUGGCGAGCUUUGCGAUGCAGGGGAGGAGCGAGGAGGGGAGCUACUACUUGGAUGCGUGUCUGCCGCCGAGGGCGUAUGUGUUGAUAGAGGAGAGCCUAAGGGUGGGUGAAGCAUUGUAG